UGUUUAUUUUCAGCACUAGCAUCUCUUUACUGCUCAUAACUGGAACCUCGGCUCCAACAAACUCCAGAUUGAUUGGAUUAGAUUGGGUUGACUGAAAAUGGAGGAAACUGAGGUUUUGUUUGAAACUGCCAGUGAGUCGAGUGAAGAUUGAGUGGGUUACAGUGGCGAAGAAAAAGGGAAACAAAAGAAGUAAAGCUAUGUUGGAAAAUAGGAAACCACUAGACUCGUUUUUGGUCGGAGUCAGGGUUUUGGAUGAAUGCUACUUGGGAAAUCCGUUUAACGUUUCCAGGAAAAUCUGGAAUGUGUUGGAAGAAAGUGGUCUUAUUUAGAUGUUUUGUGUGUCUGUGGAGCAGAAGAAGCGUGUGUUAAGACUCAAAAUGAUAUCUGAGUGGAAUGUUUCCUGCAUGGAUUUUCGUAGCAGGGCGCCUUUCAAGGGGGUUAUUUCUGGGGUGGCGCAAGAAGGUGCAAAAUAAAGGCAGAGGAUAUAACUGAAUACAUUGAUGGAGUGGUUUGUGCAAGUCGAUUGACUUGUAUGGUGGACGGAGAAAAUAAGUUCACUUCAUCCAUGCUACUGAGUCUCUCCCUUCACAUACAAAAUUAGCUUUCAUGAGAUACCCUGUAAGAGCUUCUGUGCACAAGCCCCUUCAGUGUCAUACAUGUAAAAGAUUUGGUCAUGUGUCAAGUGCAUGCAGAAGAGAAGAAUAUUGUAUGCCAAAUGAAGGAAAAUGCUGCACCUGUGGAUGUGUACAUGCACCUGAAUUCUUGGAGUGCCCUGUUGAAGGAGAAGGUGAAGGAGAAUGGAGUGUCCAGCGUGUCACCUAUCUGGAGGCGGUGAGAAAAUGGGAAGGAACGAGUGGCGUGGUAGAAGCAAUGGUAGUAGAGCCACCAAUACUAGUGAAGGUUUUUCACCAACCGAGAGAUAGUGAAAUGCUGCAUGUUAAAAAGGUGGACUUUGUAUUAUUUAUUGCAAUGGUCAUAAACUGUACAGCACAAGCGGAGAAGAAGUCUAAGAAAAUUGUAAUCAUUUUGAAUGCCGCUGAACGUUCCUGUCGGUGAACGUAGCUCUAUCACAGGCCCCUGAGCCUGUGUAGGGAUGUAUUUUGGAGUGGACUGUGGUUGAAGAAGUAUGAUGGCUUUGUUUUUUAGAUAUUUUGUAUGAUAUCGUUUUACCCCUUUUCGGAAUAUAUGUUUUCGUUUUAUUUAAUACCCCGUCCAGCUGGUGGCGGUAAUGCCCCAUUAACAUUGGAUGCCAACCGCCGUUGUACCUCAUCGAAGUACAAUAAACUCCAACACAGUAGAUGGCAGUGAUGCGCGAACUAACUGUUGGGCUGUCUAAAGCAAUGCUGUAGCCACAAACUGAUGUUUGCGGAAGCGAGGGCUGUUGGCUAGGCUAGAUAGCCAAGUAAUAUGUGUAAUAGGCGAUACUCUUUUAAAACUCUUCGAAAAUGGCCCACAAAAGUGAAGAUUUAUUUGACUGUAUUCUCAUGGCGGACGAUAGGUUCCAUGUAGAGGGGUACCGCGAGGGGUUCGAUGAAGGCACGCGACAAGGAAUGAUUGAUGGUCGGAAACAUGGGGCAUCACAUGGUGCCAAGCUUUCAAUGGAGGUUUCCUUCUAUUAUGGAUUUGGAAUCACUUGGAAAUGCCUUCUUCAAAACAACACAGACGUGAAAGCCAGAAAAAGGCUGAAAGUUUUGGAAUCUCUUCUUGGGUUGAUUCAGAAGUUCCCCCAUGAAGAACCUCAAUAUGAAUAUCUACAGGAAGACAUGGAGAAGGUUCGGGCCAAGUUUAGACAGGUCUGCUCUCUGUUAAAUGUGCCAACAGACUUCAGUGAUUAUGUGAAGUCUGGAGGGUCUGGAGGAAUAUCUUUCUGAAGGGAACUGGCAACUCUAAAGCCCACGGCUUGAGGAUCUGAAGGGAGUUCCUUGAAUGCAACCUUUCCUGUGAAGCAUUGUGGCUUUGAAGACAAGAUAGGAGAACAGUUGAGGAGGGGGAACCUGCUGGUGGGCCUCCCCUUAUGUAAACAGGAUGUCCUGAAUUGGUCUGUAGUGUAGUUAACUGACUUUUAAUGGUGGAGCAUAAAGUAUGCUAUCAGUUGGUACUAUGAAGAAUUGGUGUUUUCGAAUGACAAAGGUUAGGAAAGCAAUUGGUGGGGCAUCAGUCUAGUUUUGAAAUAUGGAGUGCCACUGAGAACACAAAGUGAACUGGAAGUGCUACAUAGGCCUAACUGGUGUUCUAUAGUCCUUGAUGUUUAGUGCUUUGUCUGGGUGGUAAGAGAGAGCUGAGUUGCAUCAAUUAUUUUGUAAUUCUAAUGAUUUUAGAUAAAUGAGUGGAUUUUUUUUUUUUUUAUCUACACUUUGGGGGGGGAAAAGGUUCCAAAUGGAACCAAUAAGGAAUAUAUCGCUUGCUUCAUAUAUAUAUAUAUAUAUAUAUACACCCCUAAAAGUUCUAUAGAGAACCCCAAUUAACACUUUGUCCAAUCGUGUAGGUCAAUUUUGAGUGACCUGGUUGAGAAUGAGUGAUUGCUUAAACUACUGGUUGAUGUGUAAUAAUAAUAAAAAGCUAUUUAUUUCAA